AUCCCUGGUAAAGAACCUUCAAAUUAGUUAAUAAUAAAAUGCCAAACAAAAGUUUUCCUCUUGAAAACAAAGUCGCCAUCGUCACAGGAGGUUCCAGAGGUAUCGGAGCAGCAAUUGCUGAAACAUUGGCGUCCUGUGGUGCCAAAGUUGCAAUUACAUAUACCUCUGAUAGUAGCAAGGAAGUGACAGAGAAAUUAGUGAAGAAAAUUAAAGGUUUCAAUGCUCCAGCAGAUGCAAUCGAAAUUCAGGCUGACUUACGUGAUACAAAAAGCGCCAAACAUAUAGUUAACGUUACACGUAUAGCCUUUGGUCGUACCAUUCAUAUUCUUGUUAAUAAUGCUGGAGUCAGCUAUCAAGGAAGUUCUAUAGGAAGUACAUCUAUAGAUGACUAUAAUAGUAUCUUUGACGUAAAUGUUCGAGCAGCUUUUCUAAUGGGAGAAGCCGUGGCACCCCUUCUCCCUAGUGAAGGCGGUAGGAUUAUUAAUAUUGGAAGUAUCGCAGGAAAAAUACCAAUAAGCCAUUUGCCCUUAUUUUGUGCAAGUAAGGCUGCCCUUGAAGGUUUCACAAGAUGCUGGGCCGCUGAAUUAGGACCUAAAGGUCAUACCGUCAAUCAAGUCAAUCCAGGAGCAGUGGACACUGACAUGAUAGCAAAGUCUGGUCUAGAAGAAUCUGCUAAACUCCCUUUAAAAACCGACUUGGUCAUCCAGAAGAUAUAGCAUAUAUUGUUGGUUUCCUUCUCGAUGAAAACAGUCGAUGGUUAACCGGACAAGUAAUAAGUGCUUCCGGUGGACUACUUAUGGCUUGAUUCCCUAAUGAUCAUCAUUCUGCUGAAGAUAUUUAAAGAAUAACUUAUUGAAUAUAUUGUUUUAUUAAAGCAGGAACUCGC